UCAAAUCGCCUCCGGCUUAGCUGCUGCAUUCCGCGUGCUCUAAAGCCGCCUCUCUUCUUCAGACCGUUGCCAUGACUCCUACUCCGACCACUCGCUCCGACUCCUCCUUGAAGGUCGCGAUCGCCCUCGCCCUCGCCCGCUUUAGCAAGCUCCACCGUUCCUCUCCCACCUCCUCGUCACCUUCAGAUGCUCAGCGUUGGAAGCGGAAGGCCAAGGACCGUAAGAGGGAGAUCCUCAAGCUACGAGAAGAGAUCCAGCAACUUGAAGACGGGAGUUCAUGCGAGGCCGAUCUCCCGAUCGCGUCAUGCCCGUGCCAUUUCUUUGGUGCGAUCGGUGAGUCGGGUGAAGAUGGUGGUGGACGAGGGCAUUGGAUCGAUGAGGUGUUGAGGCGGAGGUUCCUUAGACUGGUUCGCUGGAAGGAGAGGAGGAAAAAAGUAGAACGGCCUCUGGAUCGAAAAAGUUUUCUAGUGUUUGACAACAACAAUGAGAUAGAACAGCUUGGUGCAUCAAUAAAUUUCUUGGUGGAGCAUACCGAUAAUUUCUUUUUGAAAGCCGAAAUGAGCACUUCUUUUGCUGCUUUUUCUCAUCAGGCUGUGGAUUUCAUUGUAGCCUCAGUCAAGAAUAUACUGUCAUCAAAAAAAGAACCUGACCUCAUUGAAGAUACUGUGAACGGGUUAAUUAUGCGCUUGAUCAGAAGAAUGUGUACCAUCCCAGAACAUGACGGGGUCCUGAAUUCUGCUCCAGAUCCUCAGUCUUGUGUUCAACACAUAAUCAGAAAACUUGGAAACGAGCCAUUUAUUGGUCAAAGAAUUCUGCUUUCUGUUUCUCAGAAGAGUGCGGCAGUUGUUGAAAGCUUACAUUUUAUGGAUCCAUUUGACGAGUCCUUCCCUUGCCUUCACGGAAGCAUGUUUUUGAUGAUUGAACUCAUGGAGUUUUUGAUAUCAGAUUAUGUGAGAAGCUGGAUAAGUAUUGAAGUUUUUGACACAAGACUUCUUGAAGAGUGGAUAAGAUCAGUUAUACAAACACACAAGGUUUCAGAGCUGUUCGAGUCGAGGAAUGGACUAUAUACUCUCUAUAUUGAACGGGUUAUAUGCGAGCUGCAAAAGAUACUGUCUCCUCUUGCCAAGCAAGGGAAACUUGGUGUGGACAUCUUAUCUUACCUAACCUGCUGAUAAAUAGUUAUUUUGAUGAUCCUAAUUCAAUCGCAACAUGCUUGGCUGCUGCUUAAUCGAUGGUAAAUGCAACCUUUUCGAAUCUCCAUUACUCUAUACCUGUCAAUUCUUUUUUGUUGUUGUUGUCGAUCUCCUUUCAUGUUUAAGUAAUUACCCACCCUGCAUUUCAUUGGAUAUGAAUUUACUUUCCUUUCAGAUUCCCCAUUAUCAAAGAUGAUUUCUUUUAUUUUUUAUUUUUUUUGGUUCAAGUAUGUAGAUGAAUUUAAUAUUGAAGGCCAACUAGCAAUCCGUAGGCUCUUCGAUUUUAUUUCUGCUCUGAUUCACCAGGAUUCGCCAUUUUAUGUGCUAUGAAUUUCAUCAGUGAUAAAGUAGGCAAACAAGAAAUUAGUUGGAUGCACAUAU